ACUUCGAAUAGAAUUCCAAAAGCAUUUCAACAAAUAGAAUUCCUCUUAAUGUUAAUGCUAAUUAAAUUUCCAAUCAUCUUCAAAAUUGAAUUCGGAUCACGCACUAAUUCUAGAAAUAUACUUGAGGACUUCAAUAUACAAAAGCAUUGUACACAUGUGAACCAGAAUUAAAUGAAAUCCAUGCAUAAUCAACGUGGAUUACAAAAAUUUGAUUCUGAAUUCUAUGCUUAUACACAUAUAUAAAUGGUACCCAAUACUGUCUUUUUAUACCACGAACAGACAGAUAGUUGCUUUUGCUUGCUUAAGAUGAUGAAGAUUACUGCUUCUAUCCUCGUCAUAUUCCUAAUCCUUUCUUUAGGUCGGAAGGAUGUGAUUGGUCAAGAUCAAGAAGGUGGAUGUCGAAAUUUUCCUGAACUUGGUUUCUGGAGAAAAGGCAUAGAUGAUAAUAUUAAGAUAGGUGGCACAUGUGCGCUUUUGUGUAAACAGUUAUAUAAUGGAAGCAGUAAAUGUAUAAACACUGUGUGCAACUGCAAUUGCCCGGGCAAAUGA